AUGCAGGAAUAAUCAGUUGUGUUAAAUUUGUUGAAACAACAUAAGUUGCUCUCUACAGUAUCUCCUUCACUGAAGAUUUUCAAGGAGGAUGUGUGUUUAUGUUCUGAGAAGUAGUUAUAAAGUCAAAUUAACACAAGGACUAGGCAGGUGCUGGAAUAGUUUUUUUCACUCCACCAUUUAAUUAUGAACAGUUUUAAACAUAAAGAAAAAAUAGACUUGUACAUUGAAUACUCAUAUACCCACCUAGAUUCAACAGUGAAUACUUCUUUUUCAUGGAACCUGUCCUCAUCUGUAUCCUACAGUGACCACUCCCUCUUGAAAUUCCUCUGACACAGUGAUUCACAAUCAUGACUAUACUUUAUACUUUUUUUUUUUUCCCCCCAGUUGCCCAGGGAUUGAGUGCCAUAGCAUUGUAGCUCACAACAACUUCAAACUCUUGGGCUCAAGCAAAUCUCUUGCCUCAACCUUCUGAGUAUCUGGGACUCCAGGUGCCCACCACAACGCUGGGCUAUUUUUAGAGACAGGUUUUUUUCUUGCUCAGCCUGGUCAUGAACUUGUUUUUUUUUUUUUUUUUGAGAUGGGGUCUCACUCUUGCUCGGGCUUGUCUUGAACCCGUGAGCUCAGGCAGUCCACCCGCUUCGGCCUCCCAAGUGCUAGGAUUACAGGUGUGAGCCACUGCACCCAGCCUAGUGCUAGGAUUUUUUAUGAGCUUUUAAAAGUACUAAAGUUCCAUCCCCAAAGAGUCUGAUCUUAUUGAUUUGUGGUAGGAAUCUAUAAUUUUUUUUUCUUUUUUUUUUUUUGUGGUUUUUGGCCGGGGCUGGGUUUGAACCCGCCACCUCCGGCAUAUAGGACCGGCGCCCUACUCCUUGAGCCACAGGCGCCGCCCAGGAAUCUAUAAUUUAAAUCACCACGUGUUCGUGGCAUUCAGGGAUGUGGCUGUGGACUUCACACAGCAGGAGUGGAGAUUGUUGAGCCCUGCUCAGAGGACCCUGCACAGGGAAGUGAUGCUGGAGACCUAUAACCACCUGGUCUCACUGGAAAUUCCAUUUUCUAAACCAAAACUCAUCACUCAGCUGGAGCAAGGAGAGGAGCCCUGCAGAGAUGAGAGAAAGUAUCUGCUGGACAUCCAUCCAGCAGGAUCAAAGCUAGAAACUCAACCUUGUCCCUUCUGCCCUCUGAUAUUCUCCACUCAGCAAGCCCUUAGCCAACAUGUGUGGCUGAGUCAUCUUCCUCAGCUGUUCUCAGGUUUAUGUGCAGGAAGUCCUGUGUGUCCAGGAAGACACUUUCUAGAAGAUCAGAAACAACUGCAGGGUCAAUUUCUUGAUCAUUUGUGCUUGAAUGAGAAAGCAGAAAUUCAAAAGAAAGAAAACUCUAAAUCCCUGUUUGGGAGCGUGAGCAAAAGUGGCCCUUCAAAGGCAUUCUCCAGCCCACCUGAAGAACAGCUAGUAGGGCCCAAGGAAGACAACACAGUGGUGGAUAUACGGACCAGCCCAGAACAGAAGGCAGACCUUGAGGAAGCAGACAAAGUAUUGCAAGGUUUGGAAGUCUCAGGAUUUGGAGUAAUCAAAUAUGAAGAGUUUGGGCCAGGCUUUGUCAAAGACUCAAACCUUCUUGGCCUCCAGAAGACACACACAGGGGAGACACCUUACAUGUACACUGAGUGGGGACAGAGCUUCAGCAGUAUGUCAGUCCUCAUCAAAAACCUAAGGACACACUCUGGGGAAAAGCCUUAUGUGUGCAAGGAAUGUGGGCGAGGUUUUACCUGGAAGUCAAACCUCAUCACACACCAGCGGACACACUCAGGGGAGAAACCAUAUGUGUGCAAGGAUUGUGGACGAGGCUUUACUUGGAAGUUAAACCUCUUCACACAUCAGCGGACACACUCAGGGGUCAAGCCUUAUGUGUGCAAGGAAUGUGGGCGGAGCUUUAGCCUGAAGUCAAACCUCAUCACACAUGAGAGGGCACACACUGGGGAGAAGCCUUAUAUUUGCGGGGAAUGUGGGCGUGGCUUUUGCCAGCAUUCACACCUCAUUAGACAUAAGAGGACACAUUCUGGAGAGAAGCCUUAUGUCUGCAGGGAGUGUGAGCAAUCCUUUAGCCAGAAGUCACACCUCAACAGACACUUAAGGACACACACAGGAGAGAAACCUUAUGUAUGCACAGAAUGUGGGCGUCACUUUAGCUGGAAAUCAAACCUCAAGACACACCAGAGGACACACUCAGGGGUUAAACCUUAUAUGUGCCUGGAGUGUGGGCAAUGCUUUAGCCAGAAGUCGAACCUUAACAAACACCAGAGGUCACACACAGGGGAGAAACCAUUUGUAUGCACAGAGUGUGGGCGAGGGUUUACCCAGAAAUCAACCCUCAACACCCACCAGAGGACACACUCAGAGGAGAAGCCGUUUGUAUGCACAGAGUGUGGGCGAGGAUUUACCCAGAAAUCAACCCUCAUCACACACCAGAGGACACACUCAGGGGAGAAGCCAUUUGUAUGCAGGGAGUGUGGGCGAGGCUUUAAUGAUAAGUCAAUCCUCAUCUCACACCAGAGGACACAUUCAGGGGAAAAGCCUUUCGUGUGCAGGGAAUGUGGUAUAAGGUUCAGGCACAAGACAAACCUGUUUAGGCACAAGAGGGCACACUCGGGUACCUUUGUGUGCAGGGAGUGUGGGCAAGGCUUUUGUAAUAAUUUAACUCUCAUUAAACACCAGAGGGCACACUCAGGGGGGAAGCCUCAUGUGUGCCAGGAGUGUGGGCAAAGCUUUAGCUGGCAGUCACACCUCAUUAGACACCAGAGGACACACUCAGGAGAAAAGCCUUAUAUUUGCAGAAAGUGUGGGCGGUGCUUUACUCGGAAGUCAAACCUCAUCAAACAUCAGCAGACACACUCAGGAUACAAACUGUGUGUACAAGGAAUGUAGUGAAUCCUUUAGCCAAGAGUCACCCUUCAAUAGACACCAGAGGACACACACAAGGCUGUGGCUUUUAGUCAGCCAUUGUCAGUUACCAAAGUGGAGAUACAUGUGUGAUAGUGUGCAGGAGACUGUAUUGUAAAGAGGCAUCUUCAGUGCAUCUUACGGAGAAUUGCUGGCCCAUUUUCAGGACUUCUCUAGUGGGUAUGGUGAGUAGUAGGUCAGGUAACGAUGGAGGGAAUACAUUUAAGUAGGUUAAAAUUAGGGAACAAAGACUACUUCCAAGUGUACUUGAACUCUGCUUUCAAAGUACUACAGACAUUAUAGAAAUAAUAUUAGACCUUGUCUUUUGAUGUCUGACCUUGUAACCUGGCAGAAGAGACUUGGCAGACACGGAGGCUGAUUUAAUCUUGGUUCCCCAAACCAUGACCCUGCAGAGUCAGUCUCAGGGAUAGUUUGGGGAAUGGUGAAUUCUUGGAGAUAGAGCAUGACUAGAAGAGGGUUUUAUUGUAUAACAGGAUGACAGGUGAGAAAGACUAUAAAUGUCCUAGCUCUAAGCUUUGGGAAGAAGUAUUCAUUUUUAAAAAUAUUCCACCUUUGCCUGUCUCCUGGGAAUUUCUCUGGUUUCCAGGUUGAAUCUAUACUGAAGAUGCUUUUUAUUGACACAUUGUAGACUAGAAAUAUACUAUGUGCUUCUAUGAAGAACACAUACAUUAUGCAGAAAUAGAAAAUGAAAUUACUUUCUAUUUUUCUUUGAAUACAACAUCCCACAAGGAAUUCUUGAGUUUAAAUCUUUCCAACCACUGUAAAACACGUAAUUUUUUUUUUCUCUGAUUGGGAAUGCUAGUUUCAAAAGGAGAAUAAAGUCCCACAUAUUAACUUAAAA